AUGGAGUGGGGGGAAAGGGUCGCGGCCGCAGUGAUGGAGAAGAAGCGAGCUAACUACGGUGGUGCAGUAGAGGCGCCCGCAACGAACUUCCUUCAUCCUCGCUAUGUGCCCAAUGGAGGAGAGUUAAAAGAUAAAGACGAUGGUCUUGGAUGCCAAGAAUAUCCUGAUUCUGCAGUUUGUUUGGGACAUAUUCAAGGGCAUCCGAAUAAUCAACUGGUUCAUGUAAAGCUAUUACAAGUCAGAUGUCCAAAUAAACAGGCACUUUUGGAGUAUCCCAAUGCUGGUAAUGAUAUAUGCAUUGAUAUGUCAAACGAGAUUAAUGAAAUGCACUACCAUAGGACCAAAGUCUUGGUUGCUGCUAAAACUGUUAGUACAAAGAGGAGGCAAGUGGAAACUCUAAACUAUGCCACAUAUCAGGCAGACGCACAGCAAUCCUAUCAUUCAGUUAAUGCAGAACAUACAGACUAUGCAAUCCAUGUUGGAGAGGCAAGAAAUGAAUCUAUUAGUCAUGCAAUUCACAGAGGUGUGGGGCACGUUGAGCUGAUUAAGGAGAAAACUGUGGUAAGGCAUCCGGACCAGGUACCUGGUACCACUGUUGGCCCAACACCUGUAAGUGUGGAGAAGAGGCAGGUUGAAACUUUGAACCAGAUCGCACGGGAGGGAGAGGGAAGGACCGGGCCACCCAAAUUGCUUAGUCCUACUGAACAGGGCCCAGAACAUUGCAAUGAUAGCAUUCAGAGAGAGGAGGAUGAAACUCAGAUGGGCCAGCUGACUGCAAGAUUGGCCCCAUAA